AUGCCUGAAAAGGAACCUGAGCGUACACCGGAGGAGAUUCAGGCUGAAAUCAAUCGAUCUAUCGAAAUCGCCAAUGUAACCCUCAAAGCCGCGUAUCCGGUACUGCCUGACCGUCGACGCUAUACGAUGGUCUAUGGAUACCCGGUCACAGCAGACUGGAUAAUGAAGGCUGCCAGAAAUACCGGCAACAAGUCCAGCGAUUUUCUUGAGGCUGCUGCUCACGUCAAACAUAUUCUGCGCGUCAAGUCAGGUAUCAGGACCCUGUGCUUCUGCGCACCAGACAUAGACGCUUAUCCUUCCAACUCGGAGGACUGGCUCGUGACAUUCGGCACCUACGAGCACAUCGAUAUUAAAGGCCGCUGGCCACCUUGCUUUGCGAUAGAUAGGGUGCGGAGGAUGGUGAAGGCACAGGGCCUUCCGAUCUGGCGGCGCAAGCCCCCCAUAAAGGUCAAGGAUGACGAUGGGAGGCAUGGGGUAAUCAUCGACCAGGUAAAUCUCCUGGAAGGCCAAGUCAGGCGGAUGAAGCAAAGCGACGGACUUGACCCGGAUUUGAGGCGGGUUCUAGACGACAUAGUCAUUCCAGCCGUACUGGAGGCACUGAAGAAGCGCGUUUUGCGGGACCUGCGCUUGACAGAGUUCAGUCGUGAAGACGAAUGGCAGCUCCACGAUGUCACAAACUGA